AUGGAGCACAUUGAUGCGGUUUUCAAGUCGAUUGAUGAACAUCAGGAGGAGUUCAUCGACCUACUUCGCGAAUCCGUGGCUAUUCGUUCAGUUUCGGCUGAUCCAGCAAGACGCGGUGACUGCAUUCAUAUGAGUGAAUGGGCUCGCGAUCAAUUGCGAACUCUCGGUGUGGAAACUUCUUUGUGGGAUCUCGGAAAACAAAAGCUGUCAUCCGGAGAAGAGCUGCCACUUCCACCAGCAGUUUUCGGAGUAUACGGUCGCGAUAAGUCGAAGAAGACCCUGCUGAUUUAUGGACAUUUGGACGUGCAGCCUGCUGAGAAGGAAGACGGAUGGAACACCGACCCUUUCGAGUUGACAGAAAUUGACGGGAAACUGUUCGGAAGAGGAUCAACUGAUGACAAAGGACCAGUCAUCGCGUGGAUUGCUGUUCUCAAAGUUCUCAAAAAAUUAGGCAUCGAACUACCAAUCAACAUCAAGUUUGUGCUUGAAUGUAUGGAAGAGUCCAGUUCAGAGGGGCUUGAUAAGGGACUUGAGGACAACAUUGACAAGAUUUCGGAUGUUACCUAUUCGUGUAUCUCUGACAACUACUGGUUGGGAAGAAAUAAACCUUGUUUGACUUACGGAUUGAGGGGAAUCUGCUAUUACUUUGUUGAAAUCUCAUGCGCCCGUCAAGAUUUGCAUUCAGGAAUUAACGGAGGAUCAGUCCCGGAAGCUUUGAACGAUUUGAUGUGGAUUAUGUCUCAGUUGGUUACCGUUGAUGGACAAAUUUUGAUCCCUGGAAUCGCCGAGCUCGUGGCUCCAUUGACGAAAGAAGAGGAUGAUCUCUAUGACAAAAUUGAUUUCUGUGUUGACACCUUCAAGAAAGAGACUGGAUCUCAUGGAUUGAUCGCUGAUAACAAGAAGAAUCUUCUGAUGAAUCGCUGGCGUUAUCCAUCUCUGUCUCUUCAUGGAGUUGAAGGAGCUUUCAGUCAGCCAGGAGCCAAGACUGUUAUUCCCGCUAAAGUUACCGGAAAGUUCUCUUUGAGAAUUGUCCCACACAUGACUCCAGAGGCCACUGACAAAUUAGUCACAAGCUAUCUUGAUUCCUUGUGGGCCAAAAGAAAGUCUCCAAAUACAUUCAAGGUUACAUCUGGACACGGUGGAAUGCCAUGGGUUGCUGACUUCCGCGAUAGCAAUUUUUCUGCUGGAUCAAGAGCGAUUGAGAGAGUUUACGGAAUGACACCCGAUUUCACCAGAGAAGGAGGAAGUAUUCCAGUCACAUUGACGAUCCAGGAACUCACCAAGAGCCCUGUGAUGCUUCUUCCAAUUGGUGCUUCAGAUGAUAUGGCUCACUCUCAAAACGAGAAGAUCAAUCGUGAAAACUUCGUCAAGGGAAUGAAAGUGCUCGCUGCUUAUUUAUUUGAGCUCGCAGCCUAA